AUGAUUGCGCUGGUGGUAUUCAUUCUGAGCGUCGUGCUGGUCGCGAUUCCAGUGGCUUCCAGGCCUCUAAGGACGAUCAUGUUCACUACAGAACCAAUGACGCCCGUCCGUCUACCAGCUCACAACGUGAGACGCAACCACGACCUGUCUAGUGGACCUGUCGGUAAUUAUGCAGCCCCUUCUGCAAAAGAUCGACUCACUUAUGACCUCUCCAGUUUCUCUUGA